UGACAUGUGAAGGUGAAAAUAAGUUUUCAUACCCUUUUUUACUCAUUUAAUCCAGGCUUUUUCUUCCUGAGGUGUCUUUUUCCUCUUUCUGUCCUCUGUGGUCCGAAUUAAAAUCUCCUUAUAUAAGGAAACUUCUAAACCAGUCCUUUCAUACUUUGCACUUUGAAACCUGCAUUUUACAUUCAUCUGCAUAUGUAUUUUACAUAAUGGCCUGUGAGGACAAUCUAGGAAACUGACGUGAAGAUAGGGAUUCUGUGGUAGAAUGGUUUUAUGGCUCCUUAUGUUUUAGAAAAUUCAAAAUAUAAAUAGCUCCAGAAUUGGAAUCUGCUGUACCCCAAUAAUUAAUUGUCUAAUAACUUAGGAAUGGCCUGCUCAAGGAGUAUACAUGAAAUGAGACAUUUCUCUUCCUUCCAUAAAAGCAUUUUUAUACUGAAGGUAAAAACAUUAGGGCUAUCUCUUUGUUCCUUUGAUAUGGAAACAUAAAUAAGCUGUAAGGAAAGUGGUGAUGUGCUAUGUAACAUGUUCUGUUGGAAUAUUUAAAAUCCUCCCUGUAGAAGAAAUGUCAACUUUAUUUUUGAAGGGGGAAGUUGGUUAUUUCCAGAAGUCAUAGAUAAUAUUUUAAUUAACAGUGUUACUAACCUAUCAGUUGAUGACAUGGCUUAUAUAUUUAUUCUUAAAUGUGGAUGACUGCUCGGAGAUUACUUAAGAAAUUAACUGCCUGGCAACAUAGAAGUGCAGAUAUUAAAAUGAAUUGCAUUCCUUCCAGCUAUUUCUAUUACUUGGCUAAAUUUAGAACCAUGUAGAGCUCCUACAGAAUUGAAAUCUCUUAGGAUUUUAAUAGUCAAGACAGACAAUAUUCAGCUUUUAGAGUAAGGAAAAGGAAAGAUAGCAUCAAAUUAAUUUUUGUACCAGUGAAAAGUCAGAACCAUUUUGAGACUCUUACUGCUGGAAACUUGUUACUGUUUAGACUCUGGGUGAUGAGGGAUAACUUUUUCCCUCCUAGGUGUCUUACUGGAUGGAGAAGGGUGAGGGAGUACCGCUGAGCUAGAGAGCAGGUUAGACUCAGUUCUUAUAUGAUGCCAUUCCAGCGCUGGGCUCAUGGAGGCUGAACCUUUAUUCAGUCUGUCACAUCUGUGAUGAACCAAAGACAUAUCUUGGUGUAUUAACUGUCUUUUGACAGUGCUUCUCAUGAUACAGUGUGUUACUCAAUAAGGGAAACUGAGGCACCAAGAUAUUAAGUAACUUGCUCAAGAUCACACAGUUUGUAAAUGGCAGAGCUGGAAAUCAAAUCUCUUAAAGCUGUAUUGUGCAGAAUACUGAAUCUUCUUUACCCAAGAUCCCACACUUAAAUUCUUGGUUAGGAUAAAGACUAAAAAAGAAAAUAAUGUAUGGUGAUCUUAAAAGAAGCAGAAAAAGCAUUUGAGAAAAUUCAACUUUCAACAAAUUGGAAAGGUACCUUGUCAAUCUGAUAGAGGGCGUCUCUGGAGAACCUACAGAUAGUGGCAUAAUUAAUGAUGAAACAAUGAAUGCUUUGCCCUUAAGAGCAAGAACAAGGAGUCCAUAGAGGCUGCUGCAUUUUCCUGAAGAUGUCUAACAGUAACACUACCCAAGAGACCCUGGAAAUAAUGAAGGAAUCAGAAAAAAAACUGGUGGAAGAAUCUGUAAACAAAAACAAGUUUAUAUCAAAGACUCCAAGUAAGGAAGAUAUUGAGAAAGAGAGUGAAGAGACCAGCCUGCGCCAGGAGACACAGAGGCGGACAUCGAACCAUAGUCAUGCCAGGAAAAGAGCCAAGUCUAAUUCCAAGCUGAAGUUGGUACGCAGCCUGGCAGUGUGCGAAGAGUCCUCAGCCCCAUUCGCUGAUGGACCACUAGAAACCCAGGAUAUAAUUCAGUUGCAUAUCAGCUGCCCCUCUGACAAGGAGGAAGAGAAGUCCACGAAGGAUGUCUCUGAAAAGGAAGACAAGGACAAAAAUAAAGAAAAGGUUCCCAGGAAGAUGCUGUCUAGAGACUCCAGCCAAGAAUACACAGACUCCACUGGAAUAGACUUACACGAGUUUCUUGUAAAUACACUGAAAAAGAAUCCAAGGGACAGAAUGAUGCUGCUAAAAUUAGAACAGGAGAUUCUGGAAUUUAUUAAUGACAACAAUAACCAGUUCAAGAAGUUCCCUCAGAUGACCUCAUAUCACCGGAUGCUAUUACAUCGGGUAGCUGCCUAUUUUGGGAUGGACCACAAUGUUGAUCAAACUGGAAAAGCUGUCAUCAUCAACAAAACCAGUAACACAAGAAUCCCUGAACAGAGGUUCUCAGAACAUAUAAAGGAUGAGAAGAAUACAGAAUUCCAACAGAGAUUUAUCCUCAAGAGGGAUGAUGCCAGUAUGGACCGAGAUGAUAAUCAGAUCAGAGUUCCAUUGCAGGAUGGAAGGAGGAGCAAGUCAAUAGAAGAGAGAGAGGAGGAAUAUCAAAGGGCCCGAGAGAGAAUAUUUGCCCGAGAGACUGGCCAGAACGGAUAUCUAAAUGACAUCAGGGGGAGCCGCGAUGGGCCAAGCCGCACCUCGGGCAGCCGCCAGAGCAGCACAGACAGCGACCUCAAGUCCCUGGAGCCGCGGCCCUGGAGCAGCACCGACUCGGACGGCUCUGUUCGCAGCAUGCGGCCCCCUGUCACCAAAGCCAGUAGCUUCAGCGGAAUCUCUAUCCUCACCCGGGGCGAUAGCAUUGGAAGUAGUAAAGGUGGCAGUGCGGGAAGGAUCUCCAGGCCAGGUAUGGUGCUAGGUGCCCCAGAAGUGUGCAGCCAGGUCACCUCCUCCCAGUCUGUCCGGGGCCUUCUCCCGUGUGCUGCCCAGCAGCAGCAACAACAACAGCAGCUUCCUACUCUCCCACCCACGCCUCAGCAGCAGCCACCCUUGAAUAACCACAUGAUCUCACAGGCAGAUGAUCUCAGUAACCCUUUUGGACAAAUGAGCCUUAGCCGCCAAGGUUCUACUGAAGCAGCAGACCCAUCCUCAGCUCUGUUCCAGCCCCCACUUAUCUCCCAGCACCCUCAGCAGACUAGCUUCAUCAUGGCUUCUACAGGACAGCCCCUCACCACUUCCAACUAUUCCACCUCUAGCCACGCACCACCUACUCAGCAAGUCCUGCCGCCCCAGGGCUAUAUACAGCCCCCUCAACAGAUCCAGGUUUCUUACUAUCCCCCUGGACAGUAUCCUAACUCCAACCAGCAAUAUCGACCUCUCUCUCACCCGGUGGCCUACAGCCCCCAACGUGGUCAACAGCUGCCUCAGCCAUCCCAGCAACCUGGUUUACAGCCCAUGAUGCCUAACCAGCAGCCGGCGGCUUACCAAGGCAUGAUAGGGGUCCAGCAACCACAGAACCAGGGCCUGCUCAGCAACCAGAGAAGCAGCAUGGGGGCCCAGAUGCAAGGCCUGGUGGUUCAGUACACUCCACUGCCUUCUUACCAAGUCCCAGUGGGCAACGACUCGCAAAACGUGGUGCAGCCGCCUUUCCAGCAACCCAUGCUGGUUCCUGCGAGCCAGUCUGUCCAGGGGGGCCUCCCAGCAGGGGGCGUGCCAGUGUACUACAGCGUGAUCCCGCCAGCCCAGCAGAAUGGUACAAGCCCUUCUGUGGGGUUUCUGCAACCUCCUGGCUCUGAGCAGUACCAGAUGCCUCAGUCUCCCUCCCCCUGCAGCCCACCACAGAUGCCACAGCAGUACUCAGGAGUGUCACCUUCCGGGCCAGGUGUGGUGGUCAUGCAGCUGAAUGUCCCUAAUGGACCCCAGCCCCCCCAGAAUCCAUCCAUGGUCCAGUGGAGUCACUGUAAAUAUUACAGCAUGGACCAGCGGGGGCAGAAACCCGGAGACUUGUAUAACCCUGACAGUAGCCCCCAGGUCAGCACGCAGCUGAGCAGCAGCCCCGUCACUUCCCCCACCCAGUCUCCAGCACCCUCUCCGGUCACCAGCCUCAGCAGCGUCUGCACAGGACUCAGUGCCCUCCCCGUCCUCACACAGUUCCCCCGACCUGGGGGUCCAGCACAGGGUGAUGGGCGGUACCCCCUCUUGGGCCAGCCAUUACAGUACAAUCUGUCCAUCUGCCCGCCCCUGCUUCACGGUCAGUCAUCUUACUCGGUGCAUCAGGGACAGAGCGGAUUAAAGCAUGGAAACCGGAGCAAAAGACAAGCACUCAAGUCUGCCUCCACUGACCUGGGGACAGCAGAUAUUGUCCUGGGGCGGGUGCUGGAGGUGACAGAUCUCCCCGAGGGCAUCACCCGUACAGAGGCGGACAAACUCUUCACUCAGCUCGCCAUGUCCGGCGCCAAGAUCCAGUGGCUCAAGGAUGCUCAGGGGCUGCCUGGAGGGGGCGGGGGGGACAGCGGCGGGACUGCCGAGAACGGCCGCCACGCGGACCUCGCUGCCUUGUACACCAUCGUGGCUGUAUUCCCCAGCCCCUUGGCUGCCCAGAACGCCUCCCUUCGCCUCAACAACUCCGUGAGUCGCUUCAAACUUCGAGUGGCCAAAAAGAACUAUGACCUGCGGAUCCUGGAGCGAGCCAGCUCCCAAUAGACGAGCAGGGGAAGGGCCGGCGGCGGCGCUGGGGCUGGGCGGGGCGGGGGCUGAGGGAGCCUGACGGGGCACAGCCAGAGGCCCAGUGAGGGUGGCCGAGCAGAGCGAAGACGGCAGCGUGAAGACAGGAACAGACACUGACACUGGACCGGACUCCUCACCCCCCUGUCAGGGGCGCCCCCUCCCCUUGCUCGGGCCCCCCUGCUUCCCCUCUCCUCCCGGCCUCACCUUGGUUUUCAUUUCUUCUCCUGCCCUGAAACUCAUUUCUUUUGUAUCUCUUCGGUCAGGUGGAAUCGGGAGGGCCCGUCCUCCCCAGUCUCCCACCCCCUUGCCAUCGCAAGCUCCCCUUUUUUUUGGUCUUUAUGAAUAUAUUUAUAUGGACAGAAUUAAGAAAAACAAAAUUGAUUUCCCCUUUCUCUCACUUCCCCCAUCCUGUCCCCCCAAGCCCCUCAGAGUUAAAACAUGGGCCUCUCCCCACACCCCGGAACACUCGUAUAUUGUUUGUUUGAGAUUCGUGCCGCAGUAACAGACACAGUAUUUAAUUGCACAUAAAGAUGUUUGCUGGGUAUAUUCACUGUAAAUUUUAUUUAAUCUGAUUUUUUUGUUUGUUUGGGGAUUUAUUUGGGGGGAGGUUGAUUUUGUUUUUAAAUAUAAAAAAAAAACAAACCUGUCACUGGACGUCAGUCCCUGUUUCUCUCUUGCCACGCUGGUGUGGGUCGGGGUGGAGCUUCUGGGUGCGUAUAGCCCCGCGGCACCAGAGGGAAUGACGUGGCUUGGGACGGCUCUCCCCGACGCUGUGCACAUCUUCCGAACAUUUUUCCCUCCGGCCUCCCCCAAAUCUUGAUACACACUUGGGUCUCUAAUGGGACCUUGGCUCUGGGCUCUCCUGACUCUGCCACCUCCGGUGGUUCAUUGAGCACAUCACCUCCCAACUCUGCAUCUCGGUGAGAUAAAAGACUAGCAUUGC